CGUCACCAAGUGAGGACGUCGAAAAAUAACCCGGUGAACGUGAACGUAACUCGAGACCUCCUAUUAAAACAGCAUUAGUGGUUAUACGGACUGUGGAAUUAAAAAUGUAUUAAGGUGUUGACACUUACGGGAGGUUACGAGAGCUGAUGGUUGCUAGGUCGAUGAACAGGUAGGGGUCGUGCAAUGCGCGACGUGCGUGAUGAUAGCACUCGGCGUGUACGUCCUACUGACAGUGUUGGACUUCUGUGUUCCACUAUAUCAUCACCAGUUCGCCGUACAUGUGCCUGGUGGGCCUCAGCUUGCUGAUGAACUGGCACAUAAACACGGCUUCAUCAAUCAUGGACAGAUUGGAAAUUUGAAACAUUUUUUCCUAUUGUCACACCCACAUGUCAGCAAGCGUUCACCAAAUUCUAGUACAGAACACGAGACUAGACUGAAAAAUGAGCCUCAGGUGAGAUGGGUAAUGCAGCAGAGGGAAUUGAGAAGAAUAAAACGGGACCACCAGAGGCCCCGCCACGUUAUGAGGCAGUCAAGUGCUCCUGCCUUUCCAGACCCGCUGUUCAAGGAGCAAUGGUAUUUGAAUGGUGGAGCAGCAGAUGGCCUGGACAUGAAUGUAGGUUACGCCUGGAGAAAAGGGUAUACAGGGAAAGGCGUGGUCAUCACCAUAUUAGAUGAUGGAAUACAACCCAAUCACCCAGAUCUAUCACAAAAUUAUGACCCUGCCGCAUCGACAGACAUAAAUGGGAACGAUACGGACCCGACUCCGCAGGACAAUGGCGAUAAUAAACACGGCACCCGGUGCGCCGGGGAGGUCGCUGCGGUCGCCUACAAUAGAUAUUGCGGAGUCGGUAUAGCGUACAAUGCCAGCAUCGGAGGCGUCAGGAUGUUAGACGGGCUCGUUAAUGACGCAGUGGAAGCACAAGCACUCGGUUUCAACACCCAUCACAUAGAUAUUUAUAGUGCUUCCUGGGGACCCGAGGAUGACGGCAAAACUGUCGACGGCCCAGGCCCCUUAGCUAGAAGGGCCUUUAUAAAUGGAGUAACAAAUGGUAGGGGUGGAAAAGGUUCUAUUUUUAUAUGGGCAUCGGGCAACGGUGGAAGGCAUACGGACUCGUGUAAUUGCGACGGAUAUGCUAAUAGCAUAUUUACGAUAUCUAUAUCGAGCGCCACGCAAGGCGGCUAUAAACCUUGGUAUUUAGAAGAGUGUUCGUCGACUUUAGCAUCAACAUAUAGUUCAGGGACCCCAGGUAGGGACAAAAGUGUAGCUACUGUAGACAUGGAUGUUCAAUUAAGGCCCGAUCAUAUAUGUACAGUGGAUCAUACAGGUACAUCGGCAUCAGCCCCUUUAGCCGCGGGGAUAUGUGCGCUCGCAUUAGAAGCUAAUCCUUUACUAACAUGGAGGGAUAUACAACAUCUCGUAGUCAUGACUUCGCGAUCUCAACCUUUAGAAAAGGAAGAGGGAUGGAUAGUGAAUGGUGUGAAAAGAAAAGUGAGCCAUAAAUUCGGCUAUGGCUUAAUGGACGCAGCACAAAUGGUCACGUUAGCUGAGCAAUGGUCCACCGUGCCUCCACAACAUAUUUGUAAGUCACAAGAGAUAAAUGAAGAUAAGUCGAUAGAAACUUCCUUCGGUUAUACUAUAUCAGUUCAUAUGGAUGUAAACGGUUGCGGUGGUACAAUGAACGAAGUCAGAUAUUUGGAACAUGUUCAGUGUAAAAUUUCACUAAGCUUUUUUCCAAGAGGUAAUUUACGGAUACUGCUUACGUCGCCAAUGGGAACUACGUCCACCCUUUUAUUUGAACGGACGCAUGACGCAACGAGUUCUAACUUUGACGAUUGGCCAUUUUUGAGCGUUCAUUUUUGGGGUGAAAAUGCCGAAGGGCGAUGGACGCUUCAGAUAAUAAAUGCCGGAAAUAAUCACGUGACUCAAGCGGGAGUACUAAAAAAAUGGCAGUUAAUAUUUUAUGGCACUGCAACAAAUCCCAUACGGUUACGCAAUAAAAGUUAUUUUAACUCUAACAAUGUUUACCAGGAGGAAAAAACAUACCAUAUAAAUGAUGUUUACGAUGCGUCAGAAUAUUCACAAUUUCUGAACGAAAUCGAGCUCGGUAUUUCCGAUAGACGUAGUUAUCCGAAAAAUAUUCCUUCGGCACAGAGAAAAAAUGUGUUAGCGGAUGCCAAUGAUAAACAAGUACAAAGAUUAUGUGACCCGGAAUGUGAUUCACAGGGUUGUUACGGUAAAGGACCGACCCAAUGUGUUGCAUGUAAACACUAUAGAUUGGAUAACUCUUGCGUUUCAAGAUGCCCACCUAGGAGCUUUGUUAAUCAAGGUGGUGUUUGUUGGCCGUGUCACGAGUCUUGUGAAACUUGUGCAGGAGCCGGUCAAGAUUCUUGUUUAACAUGCGCUCCAGCACAUUUAUUGGUUAUCGAUUUAGCCGUAUGUUUACAACAAUGCCCCGAUGGAUACUAUGAAGAUCCUGAUGCCAAUGCUUGUUUUCCCUGUGCAGAACAUUGUGAUACAUGCUCAGAAAAAGCCGAUAUGUGUUCUUCUUGUGUUCAUAACUAUGUUCUCUAUAACGGAUCUUGUUUAGCUGCUUGUCCACCAGGCACAUAUCAAAAGGAUGAUUUUGGUUGUAUGCCAUGCCAUGAAACUUGCGAGUCUUGCCACGGUCCAAGUGAAACAGAUUGUGUAUCGUGUCGAAUAGGGGAUUAUGCACAUAAAAAUCGCUGUGUUCCGAAAUGUCCUAUUGGAUUCUACGCAGAUGCACAAAGGAGAGAAUGUCUAUCGUGUCCCAUCGGAUGUUCAAUUUGCACGUGUGCCAUUUGUUCCGUUUGCCAAGAGAAAUGGAUUCUUACUAAAGGCGGAAAUUGUCUUCCGGAUGGCAAUGACAAAUGCGACACCAACGAAUAUCACGAGGGAGGUCGUUGUAAAAAUUGUCAUUCGACUUGCGAGAAAUGUAGCGGAUCAAAUGAGUGGGACUGUUUGUCUUGUUCAAGUCCAUUGUUAUUACAAGGAUCGAGAUGUGUUGCGGAGUGCAGUCAAGGUUAUUAUCAAACGGCAGGGCGUUGCUCACCCUGUCCGCACACCUGUUCUACGUGUGUGUCUAGAUUGAACUGUACAUCUUGUGCCGGUGCCUUACGUUUACAAUCAGGGACGUGCCGAGCGACUUGUGCACCUGGAUAUUAUCCUGACGAUGGAACGUGUUCAAAGUGCUACUUAUCAUGUGAGACCUGCACGGGUCCUAGACGAGAUCAAUGCGCGUCUUGCCCGCCCGAUUGGAGAUUAGCGGCUGGGGAAUGUAGACCGGAGUGUCCACAGAAUUUCUUUCCAUGGGAGGACAGUUGUCGUCGUUGCCACCAUUACUGUCAGGACUGUCAUGGUGCCGGACCCCAGCGUUGCACGUCUUGCCCGCCGCAUUUCUCUUUAGAAGGCGGACUGUGUGUGGAGUGCCUUAGUUCACAGUAUUAUGAACCUAGAACGAGGACUUGUCGUCCAUGUCAUGACUCUUGUAGGUCUUGCUCGGGACCCGGACCUACUAAUUGUGUAACGUGUGCCCAUCCUCUUCGUUUAGAUAGGAUGAAUUACAAAUGCCUACCAUGUUGUACAGAGAGUAUGUUCUCCUUCUAUUUGAAUACUAACCAAACAACAGACUGUUGCCAUUGUGAUAAAGAUAUCGGGGGCUGUCUAAACGGCUCGUCGGCUGGAAAGCGUCGUAUCGCUGAAAACAUUCGCACACAUAUAACUGCGUCGUUUUUUGUCGACGACUCCACUGAGUCCUCGAAUAUCUUGGACCGUAAUUUGUUGGCUGUGUGGAGUGUCGGCUCCACGGUACUCGCUGUUAUAGCUAUAGCUGUCGUUAUAAAGUUAAAGUCAAAGAAACGCAAACAUCGCAGUCUUUUCCCUAAAACGGAGUACUCCCAAUUGACCACAAUUGAUGAAGAUCUUGUACCAAUGACAUCAUCGACGACAACCCUAAAAAGUGAACUUGAAAUAAGUCAGUUACAAACUAUAAGUGAAGUGGAGGAACCGACAUAGUAAAAAUAUAUAUCUAUAUUGUAGAUAAAAUUUACACAGCAGACUGAUAUGUAGACGUUUGAAUAUACAAUUUAAUAUGUAUAUAGUAACCGUUGGAUUGUAUUCAUUUUUAUUAUAUAUUUUCGUAUAUGUAAAUGGUCGUUCUUGAUCUAUACUGUGGUUUGAGUUACUAGCUAGAGUUAUAUAUCUAGCUAUUCCAAUAUUAUAUUCCUUUAUUACGCUGCAGUCAAUAAGUGAAUGAGAAACUUUGUUACUGAGGACUUACUACCAUUAGGCAAGAUAAAUCUGUCACUUCUAAAGUGUGGAGUUAGAUAGUUUAAAUCAAAGAGAUGAGUAUAAGAGUUGGAUACCUAGGAAUAUGUAGGGAAUACAACUAAGAAAGAACAACUAAAUUUCUUCUUGCAAAGACUGUGUGUGAUGUUCUGGGUGUGCCCUAGAAUGUUUCUCGCCUAGUUCCUUAAAACACUUGGUAUCCCAGCUUAAGAACCAGGUGAUGGAUGUAAUUGCAUGACACUUAUCAUUAUUAUCACACUGAGAGUUUCUACGCACGACACUGACUGUUUUUUAUUUUGGACUUUAUUAUGUCAGUAAUCAUCUAAUAUCAGUGAAUAAAAUUGUGUUUAAUACUAUAUUUAUGGAAACAGGAAAAGUUUAUCUUUUCGAAUCUAUAAUCAUGGAAGGUACUUUAGCUAUAGAUAGACCAGCUUUAGACAGUUGAUAAACUUGUCAAGAAUAUUUUAUUGGGGACGGGCGGUACGCAACAAGUGCUAUAAUGAUUGAGGUAUAGAAAAUUGAUAGCCAUUUAUCAUAGCUUCCGUGGCGCAUUGAUAGGUUAUGCUGUGAACGAUUGGUCCCUUGUUCACUCAGAAUCAUGUUAGGAAAUAUACUUUUUAAAUUGUAUACUUAAUUGUGUUAUUUUGCGGAAGUCUAGUCUGUUUAUUUGUUUAGGAUUAUUUUGUUUCAUUCCAUUAUUAUUGUUAUCAAUAUUUGGUAUGAAGAUUUUUUUUUUUAAAAAGGAGCAUAAUGUUAUUGUAAUCCCAGCUCUAAUAGCAUUCAUUGGCGGGGCGCCAGUGAGGGAUGACAGAUGAGGACGAAAGCAGUCUCUGAUGAAUUCAUCAAGGUAACCACGAUAGUUCCCAGAGGGUACAGCGUGGAGGUGAACCUGCCUGAGUAUAUUGUUACAAAUGGAGUCUACUGGUAUAGUCUAUAAGAAAUUGAAAUCGGCUUCUUUUAAGGAAUACAGUCUUAAUUUUUAUUAGUAUAGAUCAGAGGUGGCCGAUUUGACUAGACUCGAGAUCUACUGACGAAAUCCUGUGCGAUCCACUAAUUAUAUACUUCUUGAAAUCACAAAUAAAAUAACAUAAUUCAGUACACAAUUAUGUAGUAUUGUAGUAUUUUUUUUUUUUUUAUUAAGACGGAAAACAUCAAACUGAAAAUUAUUCCUAGUUACUACUUAUUUAUAUUAGUGUGAGCAUUGCGUCUGAGCAUCUACCGCUAGACUAGCAAAAUAUAUUUUUUGCCUUGCCACGGUCGACUGGACUAACAGUCGCAAUCGACCGGUCGAUCGCGAUCGAUUGGCCACCCCUGGUAUACACUGUUCCAGUGAUAACUGAAUUGUUUUGUUAUUGGAUCGGGCAUUGCAAAAUGCCCGCGUAUUUAUACGUACUGAGUUAUAUACAAAGUAUGUAUUACCAAGUAGGUAGGUAAACCAAGUAGGUUUCAUUAAACAUUAAUUUGCCUUCAAUUUCUAUAAUAUUUAUUUUCCGCAGUAAGAAAUGUAUUGUUGAAUGAGUUUGUAAAUUCUAUAUGUAUUUAUGAAAUAUUUUAUUGAAUAGUCUUUUGUGAAUAUUUUUAUAAUUUUAUUUUUAUACCACUGAGGUGACAAACAAGCAUACGGCCCACCUGAUGGUGAGCGGUUACCGUCGCUUAUGAACGUCUGCAAUACCAGAGCUAUUACACGCGCGUUGCCGACUCUGAGGAAACCUCUUUACCCCCUUUUUGAAGAACUCCAUGCUGUAGUCUCUUGGGAAAACCUCGGCAGGGAGCUCAUUCCACAACCUGAGUGUUCGUGGGAGAAAACAUUUCUGAAACCGCGUUGUACGCGACCAUUUAUAAAAUCAUUAAAAAUUUAUAAAAUUAACGAUUACUUGAUUUGCAGAAGUAGAUACUCAUUAUGACGAAUUCAACAAUUAACAACCAGGAUAGUUUCCAGCGGGAACUGUGUGGAAGUCGACCUGAUAGGGUAUAUUGCUAAUAAGGGGAGAGUUAGAACCCAUUACUAACAAAAAUUUUUCCCUAAAUAGUAUUAUUGUAAAUGAAAUGAAAUGAAUUGAAAUAUUUAUUUGCUUUAAACAGACGUUAUAAAACAUAAUAAAGGCCAUGUGAUAGAACUUUCUGGUAUCUGUUUAAUUUCCUUAAAAUUGUAGGCGCGCAAAUUUUAUGUAUUAAUUAAAUAAGGAUACAAGACUAAUGUUAGUACUUAUUAAGAUUAAAGAAAAAAAAAAAUUAAAACUGUACCAACGAACCUAUGAAACAAACAAUAUCCAUCCACAACAAUAAUAAUAACAACCGAAUUGAAAAUUACAAUAACAAAUUAAUAAACGUAAAUAUUCUAAGUAUGAAAUGUAUGCAUAAUCACAGUUGCUCCACAUUCCCGCUAUGUUUGAAGUAUUUGCACCAUUACAUACGACGAGGCGAGGCUCGAACUUGUGACGCUUUUGAAUAUAACAAAAGGAAUUCAGCUAGUUUCCAAUUCAAAUAUGAGUCGGCACACCCCCAUGUUUACGGAAUUGUCUUGUUACGGUAACAGGUUUUAGUUAAGUACAUUUCGGUACGGCAUUAUAAUAUAAUAUGUUACACUAUGUCAGUGCAAAGCGUAUGUAUUAUACUCGUAUUAAACAGAGUUGUGGAUGUGACAGCUUCAUUUUGUCCACACAAUGGCACAAUCUAUAUCAACAAAGUCGUGAAACAAAGAUUAUUAGUUCUAAAAACGUUUUACAUUUAUUGCCAGUUUUAUCAAACAAGAGAUCGUGUAUAGACGUCGUUUGCUUGGGUAUCUUUAUCCCAUUUGUAUUUAUGCUGUGAAACAGUUAUGUUUGCAUGGCUGUGUUUCGGUUUGAAGGAUGGGAUAUGGCUGUGAAUUUACAUGGUACAGAGGAAUAACACCUGGGGAAUAAAAAGCAAAGCAUGAGGAAUAUCGUUAGUGACAUAGUAUACUCUGUUAUGUCCAUGGUACUGUUCAUGUUUAUAGGCGACGGUUACCACCAUUUUCCAUCAAGUGGGCCGUUAACUUGUAUAGCAUUUAAAUUAAAUUUUUAAUUUAAAAAAUAUUAAAAAAUAAAUAAGAAGACUUCAGUUAUUCAGACAAUUGAAUUGUCCCAGUAAAUUAUUCAGAACAGAUUAUUUUGAGGUUCAGCAUACUGAUCGUCUUCUAUUGUAAAUAAAUGCCCUCACCAUAGACAUAGAUAGGGAUAGAUGACGCAGUUUUUCGAGUGAAAAUUAAACGUGUCCCCACUAAAUUACUUGUUGUAAUAUUACAAAGCUUCUUAUCGAUAACAAGUCUCUCCCGUACUGAAUCCUGUCAAAAAAUAUUACCCUUAAUAAUGUCCUUUAAACAUUUUAUGACAUUAUUUCUUCAAAAUCAACCAGCUACAUAAUUUUAAUAAUAAAAAUUGUAUUGAAUUGUUAAGUUAAAAAUGAAUUAACACAUUUGCUACAUCUAGUUAAGUUCACUACUACUGUGUCGUCUCAUUACGACUUUGUUAUUUAUAUUAUUAUUCCUUAAAAUUCUUCAUUGUAUAAUUAAUGAAUAUGUAUAUAUGUUUUGUAUAUAUGACUAAUAUGUAUUAUUAUAUAUUAAAAAGUCUUAAAAAUUCUACUAAUAUUGAAAUCUUGUCUUGUUUGUUAUUUAUGUAUAUACUAAAAAGUAAAUUAAAUCACAUGAUAACAUUUUGACAAAAGCACAGGCUCGGAAAAAUGUCCAACAUGAUAAAUGACUAGGAAUUAUUAAUUCUUAUCAAAUAAUACUUUUUUUUCUAUUUUUUUUAAUAAUUUAAAUUUGUUCUAAAUUAAAAUUAAGUAAAAAAUUAAAGUGAUAAAUCACUUUUUUAUUAUUAAUAAAGUACUAACUUACGUAACCGAUAUUCGUGCUGUUUAUUUAAAAACAAAAUUAUACGAAAUCGUAUGAAUUUAAUGGAUACAUGAGUCGAUUAAUUGUUUUUCGUUGCACAACUGUAGAUACCUAUUCUAAUAAUAAUAGAAUUGUAUACAUCGUAAAUAAAUAAUAAUAUUAAAAAUUAAGUAACUUCAUUAUUGAUAAUAUGUUAUUAUUUGUCAAUCAAAUUGAUUAUUAAAAUAUUUAAUGUUUAAUUUUAGUGUUAUGCAUUUUCGAAACAGUGUUAUGGAAGGUAUCGGACCAGAGUUUUAAACGUUUCAACGGGACCCACUUUUGCUUAUUAUAUAAUAUCUGAUAAGGGACUAUUCAUAUUACAACUAGUAAAGAACGAGAUUAAGCCGUAAGUAAAAAGACAAGAGACGCAGACUAUGUCUUUAUUUAAUGCCGACGGAAACAAUAGUGUUUGGCUGUUAAAGUAUGUAAACUGUAUAGAUACUCGUGUAUAUGGGACAUUAAUCCCAUUACUGUUGCUUACGGGUCUGUACAUAUGCAAGAAUAGUACGAUCGCCUAUUACCAUUUAUAAUAGACGACUAGAUAUUACAGCGUUUAAUUCGAAAUUUCCUACUACUAUAGUAUUAUCUUUUCUGAUAUAUAUCCCGUCACUACACUAAUGUACCUAUAUAAAAUUAUAGUGUACAGUACAAAACUAAGUUAUACAUUUUUAUUAUUUAAUAUUGUACUCAAUUUAUCGGUCCGUUCUCCGUUAGUUCUCUCCCCGUUCUCCGCGCUUUCUCACUCAUUCUCCGUCUGUUCUCAGUCCGUUGUAAUAUGAAUAGUCCUUUAAUGCUUGUGUUAAUUAGUGUUAAUGUUUACAUAUCUAACUUUAUUUCUGGCGUUAAAAUGUUGAUCUCUCUCGAUGGAGUUGAUUCCAAAGUGAUGUAUGUAUGUAGUUAUUAAUCAAUUAUAAACAUUAAGAUUGUCACUAUGUAAAUAUGUAUAUAAUCGACAGGUCUGUAAAUAUAUCGAUGGUUUUUAUGACGGGUA